ACAAAGAUAAGGAGAACGUAGGGAGAGAAAUGGUUGGAAGCUGUGCAGGUUUACCACUGGCCAUUGUUGUGCUUGGAGGGCUUUUGGCAACAAAAGAAACAUUGAGUGAGUGGGACAUGGUGAACAGAAAUAUCAGGUCAUAUUUGUCCAGAACUAAAGGGCAUGAACAAGCAAGAUUAUCUGAGGUAUUGGCGUUAAGUUACCAUGAAUUGCCUUACCAAUCGAAACCAUGCUUCCUCUAUUUGAGUCAAUUCCCUGAAGAUUUUGAUAUACCAACUAAAAAGUUAGUUCAGCAGUGGGUGGCAGAAGGCUUUGUGUUCUCACAGGAUGAGAUAGAAGGAGAUGAAACAGUGGAAGAUGUUGCAGAAGGCUACCUACAUAGCUUGAUCAACAGGUGUAUGGUUCAAGUGGGAGUGAGGGGUUCAAUUGGAACAAUCAAAACUUGUCGCCUGCAUGACCUUAUGCGUGAUCUUUGCUUGUUGAAGGCAAGACAAGAAAGUUUCAUGGACAUAAUUAACCACUGGCGUGGGAGUGAGACCCUCGGUGCUUUUUCAUCAUCCAGUGAAAUAAGAUCAAUCAGAAGAAGUCGCAGGCUUUCGAUUCUUUUGAGGGAAGAUGUUGAUGAUCUUAUUUUGCCACAAUACAAAAAAAAUCCCAACCUGAGGUCCCUCUUCUUCUUCCGUUCAAAAAAACACAGAUUAGAUAUCGCAAAGAUAAUGAAUUCUGCAGUUGCCAAGUUCAAAUUGCUUAAAGUCUUGGAUCUUGAAGGAAUUAAAGGACCUAAGGUGAAGUUACCAGCAGGUAUAGGAACUAUGACACAGCUGAGGUUCUUAAGGAUAAAGAAAACUCUUAUAAGAGAGUUGCCAUCAUCUCUGGUCAAUCUGGUGUUGUUGGAAACCCUGAAUUUGCAAACCAUAAAUAAACAUCUAUAUCUUCCAAAGUGGUGUGGUGAUGUAACUGAUAAGUUGCAGCUGGCAAAUUUGAUCAAAUUGCAGACCCUUGUGAACUUUCCUGCCAACAAAUGUGAUGUUAAAGAUCUUCUCAGCUUGACCAAUCUUAGGAAACUUGUACUGAAUGAUGCCAGAUACUUUGGAAACUUUGUCAAAAUCUUUGAUCCUCCAAGAAACACAUUAAACUUCCUCAUGUCCUUGUCUUUGAAGACUGAUAUUCUCUCCUUUCCUGAUAAGGUUGUUGAUCUAAGGCAGCUAUUAUUAGGCUGUCCUCAUCUUUGCAAGCUGCACAUAGAAGGGCGGAUAGAGAACCUACCUGAGUACCAUGAGUUCCCUCCCUACCUUGCCAAGUUAACUUUGUGGGGAUCUAGGCUUCAGGGAGACCCAAUGAAGACUCUGGAGAAGCUGCCAAACUUAAGAUACUUUAGUGGGUGGGAAGUGUUUGUCGGAAAGAAAAUGGUUCGCUCAAGAGAAGGUUUUCCCCAACUCAAGACAUUGCUCCUGCGUGGCCUUCCCAAUUUAGAGGAGUGGACAGUGGAGGAAGGAGCCAUGCAUAGUCUGGCUCGUCUAGGAAUUUCAGAUUGCUAUAAACUAAAGAUUGUUCCUGAAGGCAUGAUGUUCAUCACUACUCUUAAGGAACUGGAGAUUAGAUGGAUGACUAGAGCAUUCAAAAGUCUCCUUCAAGAAGAUGGAGAGGAUUUCUACAAAAUCCAGCAUGUGCCUUCUAUUGUAUUUCUAAAUUGAGAUGGGUGAUCAUCAGGUAAAAAUGUGAUCCUAGUAGAGUUACUGUAGACUUUCAUGUUUAAUAUUUUUGUUUGCUUAGCAUUACUUAAAAUUUUUUGGCAUUUGGCUAAAAUAUGUGCUUAAAAGUUCUAACCUGUAACUGCACCUACUGCUGCUAACAUGCUCAAAUAUUUACCUGUAAAAGAUAAAGUAUGUGAUAAAUUGCCCAUGCACAUAUCAGCUGUAUGACAUGCUAGUUCUGCAAGAGCUUUUUACAUAAAAAUGUUCCCCAGGAUUAGUUCCUCAUAAAAUGGUGAUAGAAAC